AUGGAAUUGAAUUGGCAUAAUAGGUUAAGAGAAGAUGCACAGUCUGAAAUUGAUCAUCGGAUUCAAGAGCAAACUCUUCAGAGAGAGGCAGAAGAGGUUGUUCAGGGGUGGAAGAAAAGGAGAUUUGAGGCUCUCUACAAUGCAUGGCUACCCAAGUUCUUAGAAUGGCAAGAACGGAAGGAUGAGGAAAAGGCUGAGAAGCAGGACAAGACCCUAAAGUUUGACAGUUCAACGGAAAGUGAUUCCGAGGCCUCAGAAGGGUAUGAGUAUGAAGUGGAGGAAGUGGAUACCAGUGACCUAGAUUCGGAUGCUGCGGAGGACAAUGAGGAAGAAAGGGAAGAAGGGGAUGAGGAUAGUGAUGAUGAAUCAUCAUCAAGUGGAACUUCUCUUGCACCAUCUGAUAGCGAGGACUAUGGUGAAGAGGGUCUGGAUACUGAUGAGGAUGAACGGUGGAAGAAGAGAGAAAGGAUAGAGAGAUAUGAACGUCGUUGGAUUAAGACAAGAAGUGCCACAGAAAGUGAAAGUGAUGAGGAAGGUGGAGAAGCAGUAGAACUUGAUGAGGAUGAUAGCAGCAGUGAGGGAUCUAAUGAUCCGGAAAAAGAGGCUAGAGAGAGACAAAGGCAGGAGAGAGAUGAUGCAGAAAUGUAUCUACUCUAUUUGACAGAGAAAGCUCAACCCUGGAUAUUUGCUCGUACCGUGUCUGAACCCCUGAACGUGGUUUCAGACGGUGAGGAGAUACCAGGGAUGGAUGUAGAUGGCAAUCCUAUUGCAACAGAGAUCAAACUCGGUAGUAGUAGUAGUGGUAGGUAUUUUGUUGGUACUUGUUAUGGAGGUUAUGGGAAUUUUGCUUAUCGGACGGCAUCGGAGUUGGUUGUUCAGGUGUAA